CACCUAUUUUUGUAUACCUAUAUAAAUGUACCCACUUAUAAUUUUAUUAUUAAUACAGUCCAUUAUAAAUAAAAAUUAAAAGUACUGAGGGUACGCACUAUAUUUAUAAAUAUAGAAUUACCUUUUUCCUUGAUUUAGUGCGUGCUCUGACAGUGCUUAGGCAACAUCUAAGAAAAUUGGUUUUUAUUUCGCAUCCUUUAUAAAGCUGAUCCUUCUCGCCAAAUCUGAACCAGUACAAUGUUUAAUACACCGCCGCGUGAUAAACUGUUAUCGUACAAAGAACGUCAUAAAUUAACCGAUCGAUUGGAAUGUGCAUCGGAGCAUGUGCUCGCUAAGGACGCCGCCGCUGUAGUUCCCCCGCGUGGCACGGUACGGAGUAAUAUAUCGCUACGUGGUGAAAAUGAGCUCUUCAAGCAGCAAUCACGGCAACAUCCUACGAGUAUGAAGAACGAAUCUACUACGUCAUCUAAACUAUCAAGGGCGUCAGAGGUCAAACGAAAACAGCUGGAACUGCAGGCUGCCCGCGCGAAGGCACAAAUUCAGUUGGAUUUGAUUGAUAAGGAGCUUGAAGCUAACCUGGCGAUCAUCAAUGAUGGCAGCAGGAAAUCGGACCACUUAUCCAAGUCCGCAUCUAUAUGUGAUCAACAUGUUCAUUCUCACGUUGAACACUGGCUGGAACAAAGCAAUGUGCAACCGUCGUGUUAUCCUGACCUGGAUCUAAACACGGCACCGACGAAGAAGGCAGUGCCGGCUACCGAUUGUCUACAAAACAGCCGCCCUGUCACAGGUAUUGAAGACAGUAUAUUGCAACUAGCACACACCCUCAAAGAUAUGAUGGUGAACUCGUCAUCACGUCAGGAUGAGCGUUUUCUAAGCCGCAUGGCUACACCACGUGACCUACCUACCUAUAGUGGAGACUGCAUUGAGUGGUUACAUUUCAAAAGUGCAUACCAGGAAUCAACAAGAGUGUGUCAAUUCAGUGAUUCAGAAAACCUUUGGAGGUUACGUCGUGCAUUAAGAGGUGAUGCUAAAGAAGCAGUCACCGAUCUGUUAAUCGGAAACACUUCGCCUAGUGACAUCAUGUCUGCGCUGGAGCUGAGGAAGCCUGCCCACACAGAUAUGCAACCAGUAGCCUCUGUGGAGAUAUCACCACCACAAUACGAAUCAUCAUCAGGCACGGACGCGACCAUAGCCUACGUGGACUCCGCUACGAACGUGAGCGCGCCCGGUCACCUGAGCCGCGCAGACUCGGACGCGGUGACGUCAUGUGAUGUGAUGCUAAAAAUAGUGAAAGUUAAGUUAAGUGGACCCAAUGGCACAGUGAGUACUUAUGCGUUACUAGAUGAUGGAGCUUCUAUAUCAAUGAUCGAUUCUGUUUUAGUUAAUGAGCUCGGUCUUGAGAGUUUAACUUCUAGUUCUGUUAAAUUUAUUGAUGCUUUUGGUGUAGAAGUCUAUCAAUCUGAUGCUCCUAAAGUUUGUUUACGUAUUUCUGGUCAUGAUAACUGUAACUAUAAUAUAACUUUACGUAAUGUGUCUGCAUUAAAAUUACCUAUGCAAAAUUUGUCCGUAAUAAAUAAUAUUCAUUGUAAACAUUUGUCAUCUGUGAAACAAUUUGUAUGUACUGAAAACGUAGUGCCUCGUCUCUUAAUAGGUGAAGAUAAUUAUUUUCUUUUGGCGCCACUUGAAAUAUUGCAUGGAAAUAAAUUUGAACCCUAUGCAACGCGUUGUCGUUUAGGCUGGUCGAUACAUGGCAAUUAUAGUCGCUCAAAUUCGUCAUUAACACUGGGGCAUAGCUUCCACGUUAUGCACAGCGACGAGGUAAGUGAAAUAAAUAUUUUAAAUGAUUUAGUUCAAAACUCAUAUAAACUGGACUGCAUUGGAAUCUCGACCUUAUGUCGUGAGAAUACGGCCGACUUGAGAGCGGUCAACAUAUUAGAUCAGACCGCGCGUAAUGUAAACAACAGGUGGGAAGUAGGAUUGCCAUUUGUUAAGGAUGAAUUAUAUAUACCAGAUAGUUAUAACUACGCACUGUCGCGCUUACAGGGGUUGUUAAGAAAAUUCAAAACGGACAGCGCGUACGCAGCUAGGUAUCGAACAGAGAUGCACAAGUUAUUUGAUAAUGGUUACGCUCGAGAACUGAAGGAAAAUGAACUUUCGGCUGACCGCAUAUGGUAUCUUUGUCAUUUUGGCGUUCUAAAUCCGAACAAACCCGAUAAGCUAAGGCUAGUAUUUGACGGUGCUGGUAAGGUCAACGGUUUAUGUUUAAAUGAUAUUUUACUUACGGGACCCGAUUUAUAUAACUCAUUGUUAGGUAUUAUGUUGAGAUUUCGGGAACAUAAAUAUGUUAUUGUUGGAGAUAUAAAGGACAUGUUUUUACGUAUACGCAUCAGAGCUGAAGACCAACAUUUACUUAGGUUUUUAUGGCAGGAAGAUGACAAUUCACCAACAAAAACAUGUGUCAUGCAAAGUUUAAUUUUCGGAGCAACUUGUUCCCCAUUUAUUGCGCAACACAUAAAAAAUAAAAAUGCGCUCAAAUAUGAAGAUUUAUAUCCGGAAGCAGUAAACGUCAUAAUUAAUAACCAUUAUAUGGAUGAUUGUUUAUAUUCGUGUGACAGCGAGGAAAAAGCUAUUAAAUUAGUCCGCGAAAUUACCGAAAUUCAUAGUCAUGGCGGUUUCGAGAUAGGCCGUUGGUCGAGCAAUAGCAAACCGGUUUUAAACACAAUACCGCAGCAGUCGCUCGCGCAGUCUGCUGUUGCUUUUAAACAUGGAGCUAAUAAUACAACUGAGCGCACUCUUGGUUUGAUAUGGUAUCCUAAUGACGAUGCAUUUUCUUUUAAAAUAUCAUUUAAUCGUAUUCCGCAAAAUAUAUCAAAUGGUAUUGAGCCCCCAACAAAGGCUCAAAUGCUUAGUAUUUUGAUGUCCGUAUAUGAUAUUCAUGGAUUUCUAUCUCCUUGUAUAAUCAAAGGGAAAAUAUUGUUUCAAAGCGUGCAUCGUAGUGGUGUCGAAUGGAAAUGCCACAUCCAACCUAAAGAGUUUGCCCAGUUUACUAGCUGGUUACAUGAAUUAAAGAAGUUAGAUACUUUACGUAUCCCUAGAUGUUAUAGUAAUUGUAGCGAGUGGACUCAUUGUUAUAACAAUAUAUCGAAUUAUGUAUCUUGUAAUAAUAAUUUUGUAGAUAUACAACUACAUACUUUUUGUGAUGCCUCGACUAAGGCGUACUCUGCAGUAUCAUAUUGGCGACUGACGCGAUCAGAUGGUUACGUUCAAAUUAGUUUCGUGGGUAGUAAAAGCCGGGUAAGUCCGCUUCGUCCCGUGUCAAUUCCUAGGCUUGAACUGCAAGGAGCGUUGUUAGCCGCUCGUCUUGCGAAUAUCAUUGAUAGCGAUCAUAAAGAUUUCAAACCUACCACACGCUAUUUCUGGACUGAUUCCAGUACUGUUUUACAAUGGAUUCGUAGUGAUCCACGUAAUUACAAACCGUAUGUCGCUCACCGCCUUGGUGAGAUCGAUGAGUUAACGAAAAACUGUGAGUGGCGUUACGUGCCGUCUGAUAUUAACAUAGCCGAUGUAGCUACACGAGAUGAUGCACUACCACUCACGUACUCGGACUCGUGGUUUCAAGGUCCUGCGUUUCUACGCCGACCUGAGAGUGAGUGGCCUAAAGAUCGCAAGUUUUCCAAAACAUCGCAAGAUGUCAUUUGUGAGGAACGAUCAAUUAAUGUGGUCACCUGUAGUUCAGAGUUAUCUUUGCCUAGUGAAGAUAAUAUCUCGAACUGGAUCACAUUAGUGAGAGCCACCGCCCGUGUAUUAUUGUUUAUUAGAAAAUGUCAGCGUAAGAAUAUUCAGCUUGAUGUUUCUUUAAUGAAAGAAGCUGAAAAAUUGUUAAUAAAAAAGUGUCAACAAGAUACUUUUUUAACUGAAAUAUCUUGUUUACAACAAGAUAAACCUAUUAUGCGUAAUAGCCGUUUGCUUAAACUUACCCCAUAUCUCGACGAAACAGGCGUGCUGCGUGUCGGUGGCCGCAUCGACCGCGCGGCUGGAGUAGAACCGUCUACUUUGAGACCUGUAAUACUUGAUGGUCGACAUAGAAUCACUCGACUCCUGGUUUACCAUCAUCAUAAAGAGGCAAUGCAUGGAUCUAACGAGCUCGUCGUUAACCAGUUACGACAGCACUACUGGAUACUUAAAUUAAGACCAACGGUUCGUACUGUGGCUGCCCAAUGCCUCAGCUGUCGAUCACGGCGUGCCUCUCCGCAGCCUCAACGGAUGGCCGAUUUGCCUGCAGCGAGACUGCAAAUUCACAGACGGCCAUUCAGUUUCACAGGCGUCGAUUUUUUUGGACCGAUGGACGUUACUAUCGGUCGCAGGAGGCAGAAGAGGUAUUGCAUGCUUUUCACAUGCUUAACUAUUCGUGCAAUUCAUAUAGAAGUGACCGAAGAUCUAUCCACUGAUUCUGCCAUAAUGGCCUUACGUCGAAUGGGAGCUCGGCGAGGUUUGCCUACAGUUAUUUACUCUGAUAAUGGUACGAACCUAAGAGGCGCCGAUACAGAGUUAAAGCGUAGUAUUGCAGAGAUAGAUGUGAAAGCACUGUGUGAUGAUGGAGCAAUACGGGGGCUCGAAUGGCGUUUCAUUCCACCUGGUGCUCCCGAAAUGGGAGGCGCAUGGGAAAGGAUGGUAUGUACUGUAAAGACGGCACUUAAAGUGACCCUUAAAGAGCGAGCUCCUCAUCCUGAUACACUGGCUACCAUUUUAACAGAGGUUGAAUCUUUAGUUAAUAGCCGACCUAUAACACAUGUCUCUAUGGAUCCCAAUUAUCCAGAAGCUUUAAGCCCUAAUCAUUUUUUGAUUGGUACAUCAUCCACUGGUCCCAUGUAUGGACAAUUUAACGAUUCUGACCUUUCUUUACGAAAGCGUUGGCGUAUAGCGCAACGCAUUACUGAUAUGUUCUGGAAUCGCUGGAUGAGGGAGUACCUUCCUACGUUACUGCCCAGACAAAAAUGGACGGAGGAAACCAGAUCACUACAGGUAGGUGAUUAUCUUUUAAUAGUUGAUCCCAAAUUGGACCGUGGUUGCUGGCGUCACGGAAUAGUCACCGCGAGUCAUACAGGGGAAGACGGCCGCGUACGCGUCGUGGACGUACGAACUCGGGCAGGGCUAAUGCGUCGACCAGUUACACGCGUCGCCUUACUAUCACCGGCUAGUAUUGAUAGUGCUAACUAGUUAGCACUAAGGAGGCAGAAUUGUAGGCGACGCACUACGAUUUAAUUUAUUUUAUUAUUAUUUGUACUUUUUUACACCUAUUUUUGUAUACCUAUAUAAAUGUACCCACUUAUAAUUUUAUUAUUAAUACAGUCCAUUAUAAAUAAAAAUUAAAAGUACUGAGGGUACGCACUAUAUUUAUAAAUAUAGAAUUACCUUUUUCCUUGAUUUAGUGCGUGCUCUGACAGUGCUUAGGCAACAUCUAAGAAAAUUGGUUUUUAUU